AUGGUGGAAGUUAUCAUUGACACCAACGCUGACAUCGAUGUGCUUCUCCGCGAGCUGCAGCGGCUGAGCAAAUCUCUCAAGUCGUCGUCAUCGUCGUCAGGGCGGUGCGUUCUCACGUGGGGCUAUGUCUGCGCCGACACCACCCUGCAGGAGUUGUUCCAGGAACGCCUGUCAAGCGUCAUGGGCGCAGCGAAGAGCCAGCGCACAGUGCACUUCCCGCGCGAGCGGCUAAUUCUGGGCAGUCAUGCGGAGACGGAGAUCGAGCUGCUUGCGCCCCACCUCCGCAUCCUGCCGGAAAGCGCUAUCCAGAGCCGUUCGCGGCAAGAGGAGCGCAAGGCGGCGUUCAAGGAGGCGAAGACGAAGGCACUGGAGGAGCACCGCGAGAAGAUGCUGCGGCUCGUCAUGCAGGGCAUCGAGAUGCCGCGUGCCGCCGCGCCUUCUGCUGUGGCGGCGGAUGUGAAGAGCAGCGGGGACGAGAGCGGAAGUGAGGACGGGGACUU